AUGACCACCAGACAAACGACCAACAGGAAUGGCUACUCGUCGCCAUACCUUUCCGAGGCAGUGUCCUACAAUGGCCUAGUCUUUUGCAGCGGAAAGGUCGGUCUAGACGCAGGAACGGGGGAACUGGUGUCUGACGACGCUGGGAAACAGACGAAGGAAGCAGCACUCAAGUUGCUCGAGUCGGUGCUCCGUGCGGCUGGUAGCGAUUUGACCAAGCUGCUCAAGGUUAGUAUUUAUUUGACGAGCAGAGACUACUUUGCCGCCAUGAAUGCUGUCUGUUAG